AUGUCUCUCCGCGAUAUCAGGAAAUCAAUGAAGGACGAUCCAAACGGAAAGUGCAUAACCAUGUUAGGCUGGGACGGCGUGCUUCGCAUCUUUGACGCAGAACGGAAUAUUCUCGAUGCAGUUGGCCUCAACCCGGCCCAGAUCAGAGAAUACUACGAUGGUCUACCGAUGCAUGAGAGAUUUCUCACCGCCGACGGCCGCAACGUUUCGCAUUGGAAAAUGUUCCACCCUGAUGCGGAAAAUAUUCCUAGGAAGCCGACAGAGGAGGAAAUUGCUGAGACGAACGCCAGGUUCGAGGAGUUGAGAAGGCGCGGACUCACAUGCUGUGGAUCAGGCAAGUCAGCAGACGAAGGGGAAUCGAAGCCGUAG